AGAUGGUAUAAAUACUGCUCAAUUCAACAGUCACUUAUAUUCAAAUACAAUUCACUAAUACAUCGAGUGACUCCGCCAUGUUGCUUGUGAUCCUGCUGGUCGCCUCGGCGGAGGGUUUGAAGAUCCUCUCCGCUCCUUCCCCGCUCCCCACUCCCACGGGAGUCCCGGCCGGCGCGUUCAACUACCACGAGCGUGUGGGCGUGCCGCUCGCGCAGCGCCUCCUCGCUGCGGAGGUGCGCGUGGGCCGCGUGGCGGGCGGACAGACGCCGUACCUCGGCGAGCAUAAAUUUUUUGCGGGUCUCCUAAUAACGCUCAAGUCAGACAAGCGCUCAACCUGCAGCGCGGUGUUGGUGUCCAACACGCGCGUGCUCACCGCCGCUGCGUGUUGGUACGAUGGAGUGAACACGGCGCGCGCCCUGCUGGUGGCGCUGGGGACCACUCGGAUCAACUACGACGGGGUUAGGGUCAACGCCACAGCCAUCGCCGUGCACCCCAACUAUAACGCCUUCACCGAGAACAACAUCGCAGUUUUGACGAUACCGUUUGUGCAGACUACUGAACUCAUCCGCCCCAUCAGACUCGCGUCGGGCUCUGAAUCCUUCGCCGGCUACACGGCGCACAUCAUCGGCUUUGGGAGGACUAGUACAGAAUCGUCGACACAAUCGGCGCACGACGCGCUGGUGCCCGUGCUGAGUAACGCGAUGUGCGCGCGGUACUUCGGCUCGGCGGUGAAGCCGGAGCACGUGUGCACCGCCGGCGCAGGCGCACUCGGCGCGUGUCCCGGCGACGACGGCGGACCGCUCGCGCUCAAGGAGCCAGGAGACGAGAUGUUGAUCGGCGUGAUAUCGUUCAUGCAUCCGUUCGGCUGCUCGUCCGGGUACCCGUCCGUGCAUACGCGGGUCUCCCACCACUACAACUGGAUCAGCGUGCAGCUCUGAACACCACACAACAAACGGCACGAGUCGUGAGCACAGAUGAACGGUGGCGUGGCUCGCGUAAAUUGAACGAAAUGUGAAGCUGCUCCACACGUAUAAGCCAAUAGACAUCGAGGAACAAAUGAAAUAUCGGCGCGUUGGACAUCAAGCCGAAAUCUUUAUCGCCAGUGCAGGGGGAACAUAACUAAUAAACAAUAUUGAGAUGCCACUUGAGUAUCAGUUACCUGAGUCGGCGUCGUUUUAAUUGAUCAGACCUCUUUAAAAAUAAUUAUGUAACCGCUAUAAUAUCAAGCUUUCAAGUAACGUUAGCGAAGAUUUUUAAUUGCGGAUUUUAAUUUGACAGCGUCUCAUCUGAUAUCGCACUUGAGAGCGAGACUAAGUUGGAUAUAUUAAUACGGCCCUAAGUGAGUUCCAGCGAGUGCUUGUGACCAUUAUCAAGGCGCCUGUCCACCUUCUAGUGCCAAUGAAUAUUGUGACCGAAAUAUAUAAGUAAAUAUUUACACAACUA